AAUGUUUACACCGUGCAGCAGGUCCUCAUCACCAUCCCCUUCUCAUUAUUCUGUGUUCGGUGCAUUCACCCUCUUCUUUCUCGACUCGUCAACCCUCCAUCCUUUGCCCAAGAUGGACUUCGAAAGCCUCAAAAACCAGGUUAGCCAACUGACCUUCUACGACCUCAAAGCCGGUGUACGAAAGGUUCAGAAUGCUGUCAUGAACCUGACCGAGAUGGAGGCAAAGGUCCGAGAAGCCACAAAUGGAGAUCCCUGGGGUUCCUCUGCCACUCUCAUGCAAGAGAUUGCUUCAGGCACCAACAACUACCAACAACUCAACGAAAUCAUGCCCAUGAUCUACAAGCGGUUCACAGACAAGACUGCGGAGGAGUGGAGGCAGAUAUACAAGGCGUUGCAACUCCUAGAAUACCUCUGCAAGAACGGUUCAGAACGAGUCAUCGACGAUGCAAGAUCACAUCUCUCACUCAUACGGAUGCUUCGGCAGUUUCACUACAUCGAUCCCAACGGCAAAGACCAAGGCGUCAACGUUCGAAACAGAUCCGCUGAACUGGUCAAGAUGCUCGGCGAUGUAGACACCAUUCGAACCGAGAGGAAGAAGGCGCGCCAAAAUCGAAACAAAUACGGUGGUGUCGAAGGCGGCGUGGGUUCAGGAGUGGGUUUCUCCAACAGUAGUCGAUACGGUGGCUUCGGCAGCGAAACCAAUACUGGAGCUGAACGCGGAUAUGGGGGCUACCAAGGCGAAGUCUAUGGAGAUGGUGGUGGUUUUGGUGGUCGUGAGACCGAUUUCUCUGGCACACAACGACGAGCAGAUCAAUUUGAAGAGUAUGAUGAGGCAGAUGAUGAAGAGAUAACCAGACCUACAAGGAGCACUGCUACGCGAACGGCACCAACGCCGACAGCCAAGCGAGACCCGCCCAAGCCGAAAGCACCAGAGCAAGACCUGUUUGAUUUCACAGAUGAGCCAUCGACAAGCACCAGCAACGGCAAGGCAGCCGCUCCGUCGAGCGGUCUGGGUGACUUUGGGGCAGCUCAAAGCAGCAUUGUGAAUGAUGAUGAGGAUGACUUUGACGACUUUCAAUCAGCUACAGCCGCAGCACCCACACAAGCUCCUCCAAAUCUCCUGGCCUCUAUUGCACCACCAGCGACUACUUCGACUACGACGUCGGCCACACAGUUCGCGGCGCCCAAACCAGUCGCUCCUGGCCAGGCAUCGGGUUUCAACAACAUUCUUACCACCGCAUCUCCUGCUCCUUCAAACACGUCUUCCAUAAUGUCUCCGACUGGGUCGGCUUUCUCACCUCCACCAACACAAAAGACGGCACAGCCCCUACAACCAGCAGGAGGUUUCAAGUCCAGCGGACCCAACUAUUUUACUUCGGUUCCGUUGCAGCCUUCUGGUACAUCGGCUGCCUCGACCCCAAUGAGCGCGGCGACACCUUCAUACACAUCAUCAACAUCAGCAGCUUCCCUCGGUAAGCCGACGCCUAAGACAUCAAGCAGCAGUGGUGGUGAUGCUUUUGGGUCACUUUGGAGUACUGCGAGUGGUAAGGCGGGCGUAAAGAGCCCGACAGGAAGUCAAAAGGGACCUGAUCUGGCAACUAUGGCAAAGGCUAAGAGUCAGGCUGGUAUCUGGGGAGCCGCCUCAGCGGCAAGCUCGACACCAAGACCUGGAGCAGCAGCACCUACGCCGAACACUGCAAGUUCACAGGCGAAACCCACCACAUCGCUGGGCAAUGGACUGGAUGAUCUUCUUGGAUAGACAGGAGCUUAGAUUUAUUUACGUUUCGAAAAUUUUCAAUGAGCCACCCAGCGCGCUGGCAACUGAAACAUGAUUUACUAUCGGUGAGAACAUUUAACAGGCUUCCCCUGUAUUGGGAUUUAUGCAAAAGUUCAACAUGGAAAA